CCUGACUCCAGACAGAAGCAGUACUCCAGGGGGCCCAGGGCCGAGGAUGUGUCGCAGAAGAUGGCGAAGCUUGUCAGAACGGUACCCUCCUCUGGAGUGAUGGUGCAGCCUGCUCUCCAUCAACUCCGUGGCCCUGGACACUAGGAGGCUAAUCUCUGUGGACUGUGUCACCCACAUUCCUGUGCCGGCUGGCUUCUGCUUGGGUCCGGCAAUGGGAGGCAUUGGCUGGGGAUCAGAAGAAAAAGCAGCUGGCUGGUGAGAUGCCCCUCCACAAUUGGUACCCUACCUUCUUCCCCACAGCAGUCUGUGCCAAGGGUAGUCGCACCAUAAGGCACAGAAUGGAGACAGACCCUAUCUGAUCCACCUGGCCCUCCUCUGGAGAUGGGUCACUGGACGGUUCUCGCACACUGGAAGGAGCUGUGAACACAAUGAGAACAGGCGUCAGACUUUGGGUACCCUGAGUCAUGGAACUGUACAAUGAAUGAAGAAAACAAAACCCCCAAGAGAAAUCCCCUCUGUUUGGCCAAGAGAACCAGGAAAAGAGACCCAAUCGGAUUCCCCAUUAGCUCAUGUUGUUUGUCUGCAGUAGAGAGGAAGUGGCCCAUUUAGGUCUUAGCUUAUCAUGACUUAAGCAAAAGUAGGAUGCUGUACAAACACAUAAAAGCACAGCGACAUUCACGCAAGAAAACAUUCCCACAUCCAUGCGAGCAUCUUUUUCACAUCAUUACCAACUCCUUGGACAGUGACCCAGGAGCGAUUCUACACAGAGCGAACCCAUAAGGACCCAGCUCUUCAAGACUGUUCAUGUGGCCUCCAUAGUGAGAAAACCUGUGCAUGCCAUUUCUGCACUGGGAAAAGAAAAGUGGCCAGAAUGUGGUUCUUUCCCUCGAGGAGUUCACUGUCUAGGAAGGAAGACAGACACCUAAAAACUUAAAGUCAUGCCAGAAGUACCCUCUCAGAGGUGUGGACAAGCCCUACAGGUGCACAGAAGACUCAGCAGACCGUGCUGGGGUUGGAGGAAGUUGCCCUCACACAGUCAAAGGUUUUGCUUCUUCGCCUCAUGACUGCUUUGUGGAUGCAACACGUUCAUGGAGAAAGUGGCCCCAGGAAAGGUAGCCUUCUCUUCCGUGCUUCUUCCCUAAAUUAUACAGGAAGAGGAUCCCACGUUCAAAUCUCUCACCUCUGCUACGUGUUGUGUGACGUGUGGCCCAGGGACACCACCUCACUGAGCGUCAGUUGUUUCCUUGAUAAAAAAGGAAGUGGGGGAGGGAUAGUAACAGUACCUGCCAGGUUUGUGGCAGAAUUUGAAGGUACAGCUUGUGCAAAAUACAGAUGAGGGGGCGCACAUCAGCGAAUGCCUCUCCUUCUCCCCAAGGAAGAGGCGAGACGAAGCCUUCCUGCUUGCCCACUGAGCAUCUCAGAGCCUCCAGACGGCAGACCAUGCACUGUCUGGAAGUGAAUCCUCUCCUACAGGCUCUGCAUCGCUGCUGGAGGUGGCAUGGCCAACUUGUGCAAACGUGUGUGACUUGGGAGGAAGCCCGGGAGAUACCUGACCCAACUUGGGGCCGAAGCCCUGCCGGGCAUCACCUCCGUGGGUCCCCUGCUGCCCUCUGGCUCCCUGCGUCUUCCUGUUUCCCUCUCAGCAACCCCAGCCUGCAGGCCCCAAGUGUGUGGACAUCCCCCCUCUCCCUCUCCUGCGUGCCCUUUUCCUCUGGCCCCUCCUUGCCUCUCCUGCUUCUCUCCUGCCACAGCCCCACCCCUCCAAUAAUCCGGAGCCGUGUAGGAUGGAAUGCCGUGUGGUACUUCUGGGGCUGCCCCCUUUCCAGGAGCGUGCUGCCCGGCUUCUCUACUUGGCCAGCUCCCAGCCACCCUUAAGCUUCUGGCUCAGCAUCACCGUUUUCGGGAAGCGUGGACAUCGCCUCUCUUCAUCAUGCCCCUCGGCCUUGGAGGAUCUUCCUGUGUCACCUGGGAUGUCCCACUGCUCCCGUUGGAUGGGUGGCAUUCCAUAUUUGAGGAACAGGUGAACAAAUGAGUGAAUGAACAAACACAUGGGCUGAUUCACAUUUUUAUCCUGCCAACCAUGGACUCCUCCGACACUUGUACCCUCUACGCUGGCCCGUCACGCAGCCAUCGCUGCCUCUGUCCGCCUCGGUCAUAUACACAUGCCAUCUUAGCAACUCUCCUGCUAUAGCUCAGCACUCAGUAGAACUUUCCCUGGUGAUGGAGAUGUUCUGUCUGCACCUACCAGUAUGGUAGCCACUAGCCACGUGUGUCUGUGGAACCUUCGAAAUAUGGUUAGGAUGAGCGAGGAAUUUAAUUUCAUUGUAAUUAAUUGAUAUUUAAAUUCACAGCCACGUGCUCCGAGUGGCCACUGUGCUGCACAGCACAGCUAAGCUCCCACGUUAAUGCCUUCAUUGCACACGGUCUCUUGACCGAGAGAUCACUGUCCACAGUUUGAAGCCCAAAUUCUUACAUCCCCGCGUGAUCCAACCCCUGAACCACUUUCUGCUCCCAUCUUGGCAGUAGUGGAGACCAACCGUGAUUGCAAGUAUGGCCUCGGGAGCCAAGCAGCUUGGGUUCGAAGCUCAGCUCCGGGGUGCUGAAAAGAAAGGCAAGGAGCUAUUCUGAGCACCGCGACGGACGUGAUCAGAGUCCCGGCGAGAUAGGUAUUAUAAUUCCUAUUUUCAAGAUCAGGCCACUGAGGGUCUGAGAUUUAAGCAAGCGGCUCAGACACUCUGCUGCCCAGAAGCGGAGCUGGAGAGGGAGCUGGAGAUACAGUAAGACGGUUAAAGGCUGACCAGGACUCCCGGCUAUGGGAAUUUGACCUUUGACCAAAGAUAAGGAAGGCCAGUACAGUGCGAAGAGACACCAGGCUCUUGUGGCAUCUGGAUGAAAAGAGAUGUAAGCGAAGGAAGCUGCAGGAAAGCAGAAAGGAGAGAAAAGGAGGAGCCGAGCAGUUGCCUGGAACACGUCGGAGUGUCUGCUCACCGUCCACAUCGCCACCGCCCAGCGCCCCAUGCGAUGGACGUCGUAUUUGGCAGAAAUAAGAAGGAGCAGCUGGAACCCGUGAGGGCCCAAGUGACAGGCAGGAUUCCAUCAUGGCUGCAGGGCACUCUGCUUCGCAAUGGGCCCGGAAUGCACACAGUGGGGGAGACCAGAUACAACCACUGGUUUGAUGGCCUGGCUUUGCUCCACAGUUUCACGAUUAGAGACGGUGAAGUCUAUUACAGGAGCAAAUACCUGAGAAGUGAUACCUACAAUGCCAACACCAAGGCCAACAGGAUUGUGGUGUCAGAGUUUGGAACGAUGGCCCAUCCAGACCCCUGCAAAAACAUAUUUUGUAAAGCUUUUUCCUACUUGUCCCAUACCAUCCCUGAUUUCACAGACAACUGCCUGAUAAACAUCAUGAAGUGUGGAUAAGACUUCUAUGCAACCACAGAGACCAAUUACAUCAGGAAAAUCAACCCACAGACUCUGGACACCCUGGAGAAGGUGGAUUAUCGCAAUUACGUGGCAGUAAAUCUGGCAACAUUGCAUCCUCAUUAUGAUGCGGCUGGAAAUGUUCUUAAUGUGGGCACAUCCAUCAUGGACAAGGGGAAGACAAAAUAUGUGAUCUUUAAGAUCCCUGCCACAGUACCAGAGGACACGAAGGGGAAGAACCCGUUGAAGCACACAGAGGUGUUCGGUUCCAUCACCUCCCGCUCGCUCCUCUCCCCGAGCUAUUACCACAGCUUUGGAGUCACCGAGAACUACGUUUUCCUCGAGUAGCCUUUCAAGCUGGACGUCCUCAAGAUGUCAACUGCGUACAUCCGGGGAGUGAACUGGGCUUCCUGCCUGGCUUUCCACAGGGAGGACCAGACUUACAUUCACAUCGUCGACCAAAGGACUGGGAAGCCCGUGCCGACCAAGUUUUACACGGACCCCAUGGUGGUGUUUCAUCACGUCAACGCCUACGAAGAGGACGGCUGCCUUGUGUUUGACGUCAUCGCCUACGAGGACGGCAGCCUUUAUCAGCUCUUCUACUUGGCCAACCUGAACCAGGACUUGGAGGAGAACUCCAGGCUCACCUCCAUUCCCACCCUCCGGAGGUUCGCCAUGCCCCUCGAUGUGGACAAGAAUGCAGAAGUGGGAUCAAAUGUAGUCAAACCGGCAUCCACAACGGCAAGAGCACCAUGGGAAGUCUGGGGCCAACUAUGUUCCCAGCCCGCGGUGAUGGGGACUUCAUCAGCUGUGUCCUUCUCUCCAGUCUUAGAGCUGCCUCGGAUCAAUUAUGCUCACAACGAGAAGCCCUACCACUAUGUCUUUGCAGCCGAAGUUCACUGGAGUCCCAUCCCAACCAAGAUCCUGAAAUACGACAUUCUCACAAAGUCAUCCUUAAAAUGGGGACAGGAGCACUGCUGGCCAGCAGAACCCCUGUUUGUCCCCAUGCCGGGUGCCAAGGGCGAGGAUGAUGGAAUUAUCUUACCAGCCAUCGUCUCUACCGAUCCCCAAAAGCUUCCUUUUCUGUUUGUUCUGGAUGCCAAAAGUUUCACAGAACUGGCUCGUGCGUCCAUUGACGCAGAGGUGCACCUGGAUCUCCACGGGUUAUUCAUCCCAGACGCAGACGGGGACGCGAGGGAGCAGGCCCCUUCCCAGGAACAGCCGGACAGGAUUCCAGACUGCCAUGUGGCCCCAUGGACCUGAGUGGGUUGGGCCUGUGGGCUCACUUCCUCUCUGGGUGAAGGGGGAUCCUUCAUUUCCUUUUGACCUUAUGCUUUCUGCGGUGGCUUUGAGACAAAGGUAUGGAAAUAGUGUCUUUUCUUUCGUCUUAUUUUGGCCCUAAAACCAUUGUUUGAAAGUGGAUCAAAUAUGUAUUGAUUAGCUUAAGCGUUUCCAAGAAAGCCCUUUUCCUUUCUUAUAAAACCAUGCCCAGAAAUUGUAUGAAGGCACAUAAUCAUCCUUCUUAGAAUGAGCAACCACUGAUGUACCAGAGAAGAGGCAGGUAACUAUUUGUCAUUGCUCCUUCCUCCUGCCCCUCGUCUCCCUCUUUCCAGUAGACUAGACUGUGCAUCUGGGAGAUCUAGAUUUCUCAACCAUGCGUUGUUAGUAAAAUCUGUGGCCAGGAAGGCAUAUUGCCUUGUGGUCAUUCCAUGCAAGGCAUGGCAUAAUGUAAAAUAGUGAAAGUGUUAAAGUCUGUUCCAACCUUAUUUAAUUUUUACGUGGCUUCUUUUCUCUGAAGUUCUUCUAAGGCAAUAAAAUAGAGUGCAGUUCGUAGCCAGCCAGAUGCCCUAGUACAACAGAUUGGGACAGCAGAUUGGUGUGGCAGUCCCCUUUGCAGGAGAGGGUUAAGGAGCUGGAUGGUGACCCAACUGGCCAUGGCCAAGGGGCUAGAAUCCAGGACCAAGGCCCAGGCCAGGGCUGGCAUGAGGAGUUCUUGCCUAAUGCUGAGAACCAGGGCAGGGAGCCCUGCCAGUGUUUGUAGGGGAGAGAAGGCUCCCCAAGCUUAAUGUGCUGCUGGGAUAGACCAGGUGUUUGGGCAGAGAUGGAAGGAGGUUGGUAGUAGGGAUGAUGGAAGCUUGGAACACGCCAAGAAGGGUCCCACGUGAGUACUGGGAACCCAUGGACAUUUGAGUCUCACCUUUAUAGUCCAGUGGGUUUGUGGUAUAGAGACCCAAAGGCAGGCAAGAUAAUCCUCAAGGACCCAUGUCAUAGGGUCAGAGAAGCUGGGAUUCCACCCUUAUUCUGCACCUGCCUCCUCUCCUAAAUCUGGAUUUCACUCAGUCACCAGUAGAGAUUCAGUGACAUGUAUUGAGACAGGAAGAAAGGAAUCUCUGGUGACAUUGCAUGGAAUACCCCAGAGCGGGCAGAGCUCUGAAGGAUGGUCUGGACUUUUACCCUGCAAAAACACCAUGAAGCCAUACUUAGCUCCCACUGAAAUGCAGGGUCCAUCAGGUCUGGGGGUUGGGUUUUGUUUUGGGGGUGUUUUUUGGACAUUUUUAUUUAAACGAUUGAAGAUUCAUGUACGCGUGUAAGAAAUAAUACAAAAGAGAUCCCUCGUGGACUUUACCCAUUUUUUCCAAUGGUAACAUUAUAGUAUAGUUAUCACAACCAGGAUAUGACAUUGAUUCAGUCCAUACAUCUUUUUCAGAUCCCCCCAGUUUUAUUUGUAUUCGUUGGUGUGCAUGCUUAGUUCUACACAAUUUUAUCAUGCGUGUAGAUUCCUUAUUCCACCGCCAUGAUCAAGAUACCAAAUGGCACAUCAACACAAAGAUUCUGUGGGGUGCUUUCUUAUCACUAUACCUACCUGUCUCCCACCAUGACCUUCCCCCAUCCCUAACCCAUGGCAACCACCAUUUCUAAAAUUUUAUCAUUUGAAAACUGCUGUAUCAAUGGAAUCACCAGUAUUAACUGUUGGGGAUUGACUCUUCUCCACAGAAUUGCUUGCAGACUCAUCCACAUUGUUCUAUGUUGGGUGUGUUUUGUUCACUACUGUAUCUUCGGCACCUAGAACACUGCCUGGUGCCUCACAGGCUCUCAAUAAUAAAUAUUUGUUGAGUGAU